GACGAAGUCGAGGAGCCGAAGGCAAAAGCGGCGCCAGCGCCGAAGGCGAAAGCGGCAGCAAAGCCCAAGGCGAAAGCCAAAGCGGCAGCGAAGCCAGAGGCCAUUGCCGAAGAGGCACCUGAGUCGCCCAAGCCAAAAGCGGCAGCAAAGCCGAAGGCAAAAGCGAAAGCGAAAGCUGCAGCGAAGCCAAAGGCCGCCGCCAAGAAAGCCGAUGCACCCCCAGCAGACGUGGAGCUGCCAACUGCCGAAGAGAUCGCGGGGAUGAAGGUGCGUGAGCUCAAGGACGUGCUGCGGGCGGCCGGCAUGAAGGUCAGUGGGCUCAAGGCCGAGCUGCAAGCGCGGCUCCUGGCAGCGAUCGCCGAGAAAUGA